AUGACGUCCACCGAGCCGCUCAUCGAGCCGUGCGUCGAGCCGUCUAUCGAGUCGAUCGUCGAUCCUCGAUGUCUGGACGGUAGGCUCGACGAGCUGUUAAAAAAAUCUUCAGUUAUGUUUAUUUUUAGCGAGUUUUUUGACUUGAGAAAUGUGUAUGUUAAUAUUUUCUUAAAAUGUCUUAAAUUUCCCAUAGUUAAAGCCGCAAUUAUCAAAGAAACAGUGCCAUGUCUUCGAUCCGAUGGUUCAAUGGGUCAAAUGGUAAUAUGCAAAGAUGAGUCUGGUCAUCGCAUUGAUUGCCCAUGUGAACAAGAAAAAAAUGAAGAUAAAGAAAAUGAGCUUUAUUCAAACAAAAUAUUAUGUUGCCCGUUAGUGAAUAAUUAUAAUAUACAGAAAUGGCUCCCCCAUACUAUGCUGAUCUUGGAAAGAAGGCCAGUGAUGUCUUCUCUAAGGGCUACCAUUUCGGAGUUUUCAAACUUGACCUCAAGACCAAGAGCGAGUCUGGAGUUGAGUUCAGCAGUGGCAUUACCUCCAACCAAGAAAGUGGAAAGGUCUUUGGAUAAGAUUGCAGCUGGACUUAAGGUUACACUUGAGGGAACCUUUGCACCACAGACUGGAAGCAAGUCUGGAAAACUGAAGACCCAAUUCUCCAAUGAAACAGUAGCUAUUAAUACCAACUUGGACCUCGACUUGGCAGGACCCAUUGUCGAUGUUGCUGCAGUGCUUAAGUACCAAGGAUGGCUAGCUGGUGUGCACACACAAUUUGACACACAAAAGGCGAAGUUCUCCAAGAACAACUUUGCCUUUGGCUACCAGACCAAUGACUUCGCUCUGCAUACCAAUGUUGACAAUGGCAAGGAUUUCGGAGGCUCCAUUUACCAGAAGGUAUCAGACAAGUUGGACUGUGGAGUCAGCAUGAAAUGGACAUCCGGCUCCUCCGACACCCUCUUUGGUGUUGGUGCCAAGUUCGCACUUGACCAGGAUGCGUCGCUUCAUGCCAAGAUCAACAAUAAAUCGCUCAUUGGACUCGGUUACCAACAGAAACUGCGCCCAGGCGUAACCCUCACCCUGUCGGCCGCCAUCGACGGCCAGAACUUCAACGCCGGCGGCCACAAGGUCGGCGUCGCCCUCGAGCUGGAACCC